ACACACACACGCACAUCCACAGAGCUGGCGCGCAGCGCAGUGGCGCCCAUCCUCUCUCUCAGUGCGACUCCUCCGAGGGAUCAGGAGUAGACUAAGUCAAACUUCCAGCAGCUUAAGAUUUGUGCGCAACCUUUGAAGGAUCGAAGUCGUCAAGACAAGGCAAUGAAAACAUGGGAUCUCAUCUCAGCAGAGUCAAGGGGCGUCUAACACACUAACAGAGCAGGUGUCGUUGGUGAUGUUGCCAUGUGCCAGCUGCCAUCUUCUCUUACGCUUCUUUACUCAGAACUGAUGUCCAGAUGGUGUGCCCCUCCGUGUGCGCUCCAGUUCAGCUCUCCCUGACCGUUUCAUGGGCCACAAACCGACCCAAGCAUCCACGGCCGCUGCUUGACUUGACCCUGCUGCGCUCUGUACAGCUCAUUCUUAACCCCUCACCCCUAACCUCAACCCUCGGCCCCUCACUUCCCUCACUCUCUGUCAAGCCUGUCCUCACAUUUUGACAAUCCUCGGCCUUCCCUGAGCCCAACAUGGUGGCCCGCAUUCCCGCUUUAGCGCUGGUCAUGAUGUGUCAAGGCGUCUUGCUCUCAGACCCACCUCAGUCACGCCGGGAGAUACGCAUCGAGGGCGACCUGGUGCUCGGCGGCCUGUUCCCAGUGCACGAGAAAGGCGCUGGGAUGGAGGAGUGCGGCCGAGUGAAUGAGGACAGAGGGAUCCAGAGGCUGGAGGCUAUGCUGUUUGCCAUAGACAGAAUCAACAUGGACAACACUUUACUGCCAGGGGUCUCCCUUGGGGUCCACAUCCUUGACACCUGCUCCAGAGAUACGUACGCACUGGAGCAGGCUCUGGAGUUUGUCAGAGCUUCCCUCACCAAGGUGGACGACACAGAGUUUAUCUGUCCAGAUGGAUCUUACGCUCUGCAGGAUGACAGCCCGCUUGCAAUCGCAGCAGUGAUUGGAGGAUCCUUCAGCAGCGUCUCUAUACAGGUUGCCAAUCUUCUCAGGCUCUUUCAGAUCCCUCAGAUAAGCUAUGCUUCAACGAGUGCCAAGCUAAGUGAUAAGACGCGCUACGAUUACUUCGCUCGCACCGUGCCCCCCGACUUUUACCAGGCCAAAGCUAUGGCAGAGAUCCUGCGGUCCUUCAACUGGACAUACGUGUCCACUGUGGCAUCAGAGGGGGAUUACGGUGAAACUGGUAUAGAGGCCUUUGAACAAGAGGCCCGCAUGAGGAACAUCUGUAUUGCCACUUCAGAGAAGGUGGGGCGUUCUAAUGCAAAGAAGUCCUAUGAAGCUGUGAUCCGCCAGCUUCUCCAGAAGCCAAAUGCCCGUGUCGCCGUGCUUUUCCUUCGUAGUGACGAUGCCAGAGAGCUGCUGGCAGCUGCUGCUCGGCUAAACACCUCUUUCAUCUGGGUGGCCAGCGACGGCUGGGGUGCACAGGAAAGCAUUGUCAAGGGAAAUGAGGUCACUGCUGAAGGAGCCAUCACACUCGAGCUGGCAGCCAAUCCCAUCUCAGAAUUCAACCGCUACUUCCUCAGCCUGAACCCUGUCAAAAACCAUCGUAAUCCCUGGUACAAGGAAUUCUGGGAGCAGCGGUUCCAGUGCUCCUUGGGGUCAGUAAAUGUGGGACUGGGAGAGACGCCUCCCCCACCAUGUGACAAGGAUUUGUCAAUGGACAAGAGUUCCUUUGAACCAGAGUCCAAGAUCAUGUUUGUGGUAAACGCGGUGUAUGCCAUGGCUCAUGCCCUUCAUAAUAUGCAACGGAGCCUCUGCUUCAACACCACCAAGCUUUGUGACAGCAUGAAGGCUUUGGACGGGCGCAGACUCUACAGGGAUUACAUCCUUAAUGUCAGUUUCACAGCACCUUUCUCUCCCCCUGGCAGCGAGACAGUAGUGAAGUUUGAUUCCCAGGGGGACGGCAUGGGCCGAUACAACAUCUUCAGCUACCAGCGCUCUGGCGAUCGUUAUGUUUACGUGCCAGUGGGCGAAUGGGCAGAGAGCCUGAUUCUGAGCAGCGAUCUGAUUCGCUGGCCAAGAGACGUGGUGCCCACCUCGCAGUGCAGCGACCCCUGUGAACGCAACGAGAUGAAGAAAAUGCAGGCAGGUGAGUACUGCUGCUGGAUCUGCACAGCCUGUGAGCCUCAUGAAUACCUGGCUGAUGAGUUCACCUGCUCGCCCUGCGCUCCUGGCCAGUGGCCCACUGAUGACCUGACCUCCUGCUAUGACCUUCCUGAAGACUAUAUUAUGUGGGAAGAUGCCUGGGCCAUUGGUCCAAUUACCAUCGCCUGUGUAGGGUUCAUGUGCACCGGCCUGGUGUUUUGGGUGUUUAUCAGACACAACAACACUCCGCUGGUGAAAGCAUCAGGCAGAGAGCUGUGUUACAUCCUCCUCUCGGGAGUCUUCAUGUCCUACGCCAUGACUUUCCUCUUUUUGGCCAAACCCUCUCCUGCCAUCUGUGCCCUGCGGCGCCUCGGCCUGGGCACAUCAUUUGCUGUCUGCUAUUCCGCCCUCCUCACCAAAACCAACAGAAUCGCCAGGAUUUUCAAUGGCGUGAAAGACGGAGCGGGUGCAGUGAGGCCACGCUUCAUUAGUCCAUCCUCUCAGGUUUUCAUCUGUCUGAGCCUGAUCUCCGUCCAGUUAGUGAUGGUGUCAGUGUGGCUGUUGCUGGAGGUUCCCGGGACACGGCGCUUUACUUUACCAGAGCGGCGGCAGACUGUCAUCCUCAAGUGUAACGUACGCGACUCCAGCAUGCUGCUGUCGCUGGGAUAUGAUGUGCUCCUGGUCAUCCUGUGUACUGUGUAUGCCUUCAAGACCAGGAAGUGUCCUGAGAACUUCAAUGAGGCCAAGUUUAUCGGAUUCACCAUGUACACCACCUGUAUAAUUUGGCUGGCCUUUCUUCCCAUCUUCUACGUUACAUCUAGUGACUACAGGGUUCAGACCACUACCAUGUGCAUCUCAGUCAGCCUCAGUGGCUUCGUGGUCCUCGGCUGUAUGUUCGCUCCCAAGGUCCACAUCAUCAUGUUCCAGCCCCAGAAGAAUGUGACCAGCCACAGGCUUAACCUCAAUCGCUUCAGUGUCAGUGGGGCUGCGACCACAUACGCAUCUCAUGCUUCUGUCAGUGCCCACUACGUCCCGACUGUGUGCAACGGCAGAGAAAUUGUCGACUCCACCACUUCCUCUCUGUGACCACAUCCAGUCCACUCUCUAAAUCAGCCCCUGCGACUGUUAGCCAAUUGAUGAACAUUAUCCCAUCGACUUAUCCUUUCCCCGCCUCAUACGCACACUGUACAAACUCACACACGUCAGCAUUACCAUACGAUAUGUACACACACACACACACACGUAAACACACACAGACAAACAAACACCUUCCUUGUGGACUAGAACUGUAUCGUUUCACAAAUGUAGAAAGUGUGUAACUAUAAUUAAAUUAUUUUCUAGGGAUGUAUAUACAUGGAAUCGACAUUGUUGUAUGUAGAGAAACAAAAGAACAAAAAAAGUUUUUAGGAGGAAUUUUUGGAGCCUUUGUUUUUGAUAGCUUUGUUAUGAUGCUGUGUAAAUAGACAUGCGCUUAAUCAUGCUAGGAGGGGCUGUGUCCCUUAGUCUGGAUGCACAUUUGUGGCUCUGCUUGCCUCACCUGCAAUAUCCCACAGACUUUUUAUUCUCAUGCUUUUUUGUAGGUCUCAUUGUAAUAACCGAUUAUGUAUGCAUUUCUAUUGUGUAUCUGUACAUUUGUAUAUUAUACUACUGAUGGUUCAAACAGCACAAUGUUGACAGUCUUGUAAUCCCAGAAUGAAUGUGGACAAAAGCAUAAACUGGACAGGCUAGAACAGCUGGAAUGGACAUGUACAAAACAAAAACAACAACAAAAGAAGAUCCAUCAACACCCAUUGACAAAUUUCCGUUUGAGAAUUCAACUGCUCACAUCUUGAUAGAUGUGUUUUGCAUCCUAGAUCUGUAUAAGAACCUAUUGUGGCUGUUUUUGCAGGAAAAGAUGUUUUGCUUUUGAUACAAAUGUUCAUUUUUUUUCUAUUUAUAAUCAUGAAAUCCCUUUAUCUAAAUGGCCAUAGUUCCACACGUGUUCACCAAAGCAACAGUGUUUCGCUCCCGCUCUUAAGCUGCUGUUUCUUUGAAGGAUCGCUGUAAUGGAUUGCUGAUAAUAACUAAUAGCACUCCUGAAAAGAUAAAGUGCAACAAAUGCAUUACUUUUGCCUCGAAACUGCCGAUGCAAAUGGUGCUGCAGCGGUUCUGUCAACAAAAACAAAUCAGUGUCUCACCCAGGAAUUAUGAACUUUAAGUAUCCACAUGACUCAAACACUAAUGGAGGAAAAUAGCCUGCUUUGCUGAACACGUACUGGAUUUUUCCAACUACAGGGGAGUGGUAGCUUAUGUUUUUGUGCCCCAUAGAUACAGUAUGUGGUGGUGUUUUGAAUAUGGCUAUGUGCCUUAAUGUAUGUUUGAUAGAGCUCCAGGUAGAGGUUGUGAGAGAUCAGUUUUGCAUUACCAGCUACAAGUCCUUGUUUGGUAAAUGUAAAAGUGGACUCAAUAUAGAGUACAUGCUUCAGGGCAACACUAUGCCAGUUAGUUUUAUUCCCUACCAAGCCUUCUACCAUUGAUUGUUUACCUGAAGUAUUGGAACAGUGACUCUGGAGCAUCCCUAGGUUAAAAUGACUUUCUCUACCGCCCUUCUUUCUCCAGUCUGUUAUUAAAAAAGUGAAAUGGAUAUUCCUGAUAUACACCCAUCAAACUCGUUUUACUUUUUACAGCUUAGCAGCUCCAAUAAAAGAAGGGAAGGGAAGAGAAGCUCAUAUACCAUUAAGAUGAAGUCAUUGGCUGGCUGACUUAUUGAAGUGUGCAGUUUACAUGUCUGUGUUAAAUGUGUUGACGUUGAGAGGCACAGUGGAGCAGCUGGCUUUGGCAGUCCCAGAGAGGCUCACGAGAGGAAGCAGAGCACACAAUGUCAGCUGCUGGCAGAUCCCAGCUAACAACAGAAUGUUAGAGCAGAACUCAUAUGCAUAACAUGCAUAAAAAUUUAUAAAAACAUCAAUACACAUCAAACUCUCCGUUUGUGGUGGAAAAUAUUGCAGACUCUGCUGGAUGACAAUAAUGAGGGGGUGGAAUAAAUAAUGAAAAAAGCACAUGAAUAAAGCUGUUAUAAGAAAAUUUAAAUAGCCUAAUUAGCGGACUAAUUUAGCAUUUUUCAUUUUAAAGAGAAGACACAUGCAAUAAUUUAUUGCAUUUAGGAUGUUAGUAAUUUUUUAAUAAACUGAUCUUCAAUGUUUACGUAUAAUAUGCUGUCUAAAAUAAAGUGUGACUGUUACAUUUGAUGUUUUCAGCAAAAGAUGUGAUCAGAAUCACUUAUUUGCUUCCCCAGACGAGCAUUUUAUAUCUAUUUUCUCCGUGUUAAAAUUCAGUAGAUAUGGACAGAUCUGUUGAACAUUCAUCCCUUGACUGCUCUACACCUUUGCACAGCCACUCUCCAACGGCACCCUCUGAUUAUCACACUGAAUGAUGGAUUGAAAGAAUUUCAGUGGAUGCGCCAAGAUGAGCCGACCUACAUUGGGGCGUGUGUGUUAGGUGCAGAGAGCAGCAGGAGCGAGCGAUGUGGCAGAGCAGAGGGAAGCUGCUGCUGGAUUAUGUAAAGCACUCCCACAGCCCAGAAGUCACAGGGCUGCUAUGGAAGCUCAAAGCAUCUCAGAGAUUCACAGUCUUUGUUAGAAGAAGGCUUAGCCAUUCACUCAGUGGUCCUGCUCCCACAAGAUACACCCUGCAUGGCAGGUUGCUAUGGACAACCACCACCACAUCCGCUGCUGGAAUGUCUAUUUGUCUGCAUGAAGAGAAGGGUAGGAGGAGGGGUGAGGAGUGGCCGAGAGAAGAGGAAUAGAAAGAGGAAAAAACGGGUAGCUGGUCUUGAUUCAAAUUGGCAGUGACUGAUGAGAUUUGGCUCUGCAAGGCCCUGUACUCUAGUCCUGGCUUUUAAUGGCCGCACAAAUAGAGCACUUAACCCUGAUUCUCCUCUCAUUUAGUCUGGGGACUAGACUCGGACAAGAGUCCCAUACUCUUCCUCUGACCCUCUCUCUCACAACCCGCUUCACCCCUUCGACCUUUCCCUCACCAGCUUUGUCCACCUCAGCUCUACUCCAAUGUGUGAAACUUGCAACGGUCGGUCUCAGCCAAGACCACCUAAGCCAGACCGACAGACUGGAAGCCCACACUUGAACUGAGGCGCUUAGAUCCGGGUGCCCAGUGCAGCACAUGCCAUUGAGGAGGCUGGAACGGGCAUAAGGGGAUGUUAGAUAAAGGAUUUGGAGACUGUGUGGGAAUAUGAAAUUGCAGUUUAGAUGUGAAGAAAAUGCGUCACUUUAAAAACGCAUCACCUUGUCUGAGUUAUGAGCCUAUGCAUCCGGUAACUCUCGCUGGAAGCUUCCUGAAUUGGCUUUAUUCUUGGUUAUCCUUUUCAAACUGUCAUCCACUAUACAGACAUUGCUCCUCUAUUCAGCCUCUGCCAACUGCCAUGUGCUCUCCAAAGGUCUCUGUGCUAUAGCCCCCGCUAUACAACAGAAUGUGUCCUUGGCCUCUCGGCUUUGAAACAACACAAGAUCUCUGCAGGCGAAAUGAACCCGAGGUCAAGCUGAACUCUGGAACUGGCCUAUCACAAAGCAAUAGUUCCGUGUUUAUGAUAUGUGCAAUAAAGAGGCUGUGAUGACAUCAUAAUAAAUAACAACAAGCAAAGAGA